AUGUCAAAGCGCUCUACCCUCUUCUGGACUCUCUUCGGCAUCACUAUCAGCUUUGGUGUGAGCACUGGUAGUCGCACGCUGCUAAAGAUAUCUCACCGUGGAGUCCCACUCGACAUUCGUCAUGUACCAAGAAUGAUGGCACAGGCUCUCGCGGCCUCUGACGGAACGGUACAAUCUCUCAGUCAAGAUGAUCUUGAUUGUGAACGAUGCUUCGCACAAGAUGAGAUGGUCUAUGACUUGAAGGCAUUGGGGGUACAAAUUAUAGACUCCAGUUGUCCGGCUGGUCAAAAUCGAAUUCUGAACUACUUGAGGAAAGCAAAUCAUAUGUUGAGCAUCGACUUCGAUUGCGAGCUCGACUCGACGGUCUCUCUACAUCCGACUUUCACCACGGACAGGACCCCGUGCACUGGUGGCAAUCCUGCUCUCGGCACAAACGACCCAGGCUCUUCAUGUCAGCGUAACCUCCAGGUUAUCAAUUUAGGCGCUGCUUUUCAAGCGGUUCGCUCAGCCGGACGGACGCGGAAGGAUGUUGUGUUGGCUAUCAGCGACAGUGGUGCUGACAUGACUCAUCCUGAUCUGGUCAAUCAGUUCUGGAGGGAUCAUUCCAAUAAUAUCGGCUACAACUUCCUGCUCAACAGUACUAAUGUAACUGAUGACUUCACUGAUGAGGGUCACGGUACUCACUGUGCUGGUAUCGCUGCAGCUGAGACUGACAAUUGCAUUGGCAUCGCAGGGGUGGUAAAUAUAGAUGGGUCUGCGCCAAAAGUCAAGCUGAUGAUACUCAAGUUCAUUAAUGCGACCGGGUAUGGCUCUCAGAGUGACUCACUGAGAGCUCUCGACUUCGCGAUUAAAAACGGUGCAGCAUUCUCCUCUCAUUCCUACGGGUGGUUUAAUGAGAGUGACAUUAUGAAGACCGCAUACAAGAACGCCGCUGCUGCUGGGCAUUUGGCUUUUUUCGGCUGGAAACGAGGGGGCCAAUUUGGAAAAUGCGCCGGAGUAUCCGUGCUCCUACGCUGA